CUCUCGCUCAAAAGACAACCAAAAGGAGGUUUCUGGUUCCGUACUAUUCUUCUUUAGGGUUAGGGUUAGGGUUUUUAAUUUUAAUUGACAUUUCAAUUUGUAUUUAUUCUCAGUUAAGUUUCUAUUUUUGUCUACAUACAAUAAUAAAUUUUGUUGUUCGUUGGAUUUCAUAAUAAAUAAUAAUAAAAAAAUCCCUCUGAUCUUUGAUUGAUUAAUCCAAAUCUGGGCUUUAGCGCCCUGUUGCCAUUAAAAUCGAUGAUCGUCAGCGUUUCUCAUGGACACCUCUCAAUUGGAUAAUUCUCUUCCACUCAAUGAUCAAGCAGAUGAAUGGGAGUUAAAGAUUCACCUUUUUCACUCGAAAUCUCUGAACUGGAAUGCUGUGUGCUAGACACCGAUGGAUUUGUGUUACCAAGUUUGGGAAUAGAAGACCCAGAUUGGAGUACACUUCAUGCUUCUGAAGUAGAACCUUCAAAACCUCCUUCUCCGAAGACCAAAAAGGAAGAGAACAUAUACCUAGGACCUCACGGGGCUCCUCCUCAAUCAAAGCUGCAAGAUCUGAACCCAUCUGGUCGUAAACAGCGUUUCAAGCAGAAACUGAAGGAAGCAGAUAGGCGAACUACUGGAGCAGGAAGGGAAAAUAAGUUAGAAAAUUUGCGAGACCUCGUGGGCGCUGGGAGGGGAAAUGCCAACGUGUCAAAAGGCUCUCCUCGAGACUGGUUAGACCAACAUUGCCAUGAAUCAGAGUUUGAAAAGUGGUCCUCUCAAUGAGGUUCUUGUUGGUACCUUCUCUUAUCUAGUCUAAAUCUAUUGCAAGUUUCACAUAUUUGGAUAUACUGAUAUUUAUUGAAUCCGUAUGUAUUGUGACAAUAAUGGAUUAUCAAAUGCACCAUUUGUUUUUGUUGCUGCUUAUGCAAAAUAUAAAUGGAAAUGCUAGGUCUAAUUAUGCUUCCUA